AUGGGCGUUGAGAUAGGUCUGCCUGACUUUCGCGUCGCUGGUUCUGUUGAUUCUUUGCUGCCAGAGUGGAUUCGUGAGAAGCAUCAGCACUUGCCAGAUGUCGACGAUGGGGAUGUGCCUGAUGCUACCCAACCCGCCCCCCCCAGCCCGGACAUCGAUGGUGAUUUCUUGGACGACGACAUUGUUGCAGAAGUAGAAGCGCCUGUUGCCCAGCCACCUGGGCCUGGUCAUGAUGAUGCUGUGUUUUUCAUGCCAGAGGCCCUGCAAGUAGCUGGCCUUCAACAUGUAGUCAACAAUUUGUGCGCUGAUGUUCACCAGGGCAUGAAGCAUUGGACUGAGUUCUUUGCCAACUUGAAGUCAUUGGAAGCACUCCUGAGGGUUGACGAACGGCGGCAGCGUUUCGUUUGGACUUGUUUGCACGGCACAGUUCUGCAAGGGCAGGGUUUUCGUUUUCGAAAGUUUUCAGGCAGCUUGUACGAGGCACGCUGGCACGAAGUCGUCGGCUUCUUGAGAUGUCUGAAACCCUUGCUGUCUACACUGGUCAGGGCAUGGGAUCCUGACAAAUUUGUUAGUGGUGUCAACGCCGAAGGUGCUUCCCGCCCAGCACAGGCACAGGCCGAGAAUGCACAGAAUACAAUGCGGGGGCUUUCGGCCUUGGAUCCCGAGAAGGUUACGGCAACUUUGGAAAGUUCCUUGUUCCACAGCUACCUUGACAUGGCUUUGAGACUCGAGCAGGUGCCAGAAUCUUUAGCCAGUACAGCAGAAGGUUGCGUGUGCCACGGUGCACUGCUUGCCCAGCUGAGCGAGCACAAGAGACGCCAAUGUCUGCAGGAACACUUUGGAGCAGGCAUCAAAACCUGCCCGAUGGCUGGGAAACUCCUCCCAGAAUUGGUCACAGGACUGCUGGAGUCUGUUGCUGAAGAGAUCACUUCCCUGCACGAAGCGGAGUUGCGCUUGUUGCCUCUGCCUGGUGGGCUGGCGCCGCUGUCAGCAGAGGACUGGAACUUAUUGAUAUCUGAUUUCAGACAAGGCAAAGCCAAGAUGCUGCUCCUACUGCGGAUGAAAACAUCCUACAUGCAGAAGUUGCCGUGGCUUCUGGCAGGUUUGGCCCAUCCUUGCGAACCUACUGCCAGGGAGGUGGCUAGGAAAUGUCUGGAAGUUUGGCAGCAAGAGUCGCGACCUGAAGCGCACCAUCGACUUACAACAAAGCUGUUUGCACCAGGUGUGUUUCUAGACUCGCUCAAGGCCUUUGCAGACGGUGCUGCGUUGAACACAUUGCCACAAGCAUUCUUGAAGCAAGUAGCUCAUUUUCGCUUCGUACCCGUGGUGGAGACUACUAUUGAAGAGAAGCAUGCACGUGUUGCAUUGAGCAAGAAAAAGCAUCACAUCGGACCAGUGCGGAUUUCUUUGUCGAACCGUUUGCCAUUGCUUGAGAGAUGGUUGCUGCGAGGGCAUAUCUCAGGCGAGAAACUGUUAGAGAAGUUUGCCAUCAGUCGAUCUUUGAAGCAGGUUCCACAUCUGCUUGGUGUGGAGGAUCACCCGGCUUUGGAAGCUGGAGACUUCUUUUCUCGCCGGCCAGCCGACAUGCGCGUUGUGCUGGCCAAAGUGCUGUAUCGCUGUGAUCUUCACAAUAUGUACGAAGCGCACGACGAGGCUGGCAAGCUGCACGAAAAGCUGAAAAGGCGGGCGGCAGAUGUUGAAGCCAAGUUGCUGAAAGAGUCUCGGGAGCUAAGACGUGGUGCGAUCAGUUAUGAAGGAGUUUUGCGAGGGGCCAUGCAGCAGCACAUGUUGUGUUUGCACGAUGGGCAAGAUACGACUUGCUUCUACACUGCCCCAGCAUCCUGCUUGAUGCUUCAAGGUGUGGAGGCUGCGUUGAAUCAACCUGGCACAAAGCGUCAAAGGGUCCAACUUGAUGCUGAUCAUGCAGCAGCAGUUCCAGACAUUGAGGCGAUGAUUCCGAGAGCUGAGACUGUGACUUUUCAAAUCUUGUUGAAAAACCCACAAGACAAGAAGGUCAUCCGCCCAGCUGUCGGGGCAGGAGGCCGGCUCUCCAAAGGUGCAGUUGUCGUUGCUCACAAGCAGCUUUCUACGGAGAAUGCCCUCGUUGCCCCAACUGCCUUGAUAAGCGGCACAUCGGCCACGGCAGAUUCUUUCAGCGACCAGUUCCUUUUGAGUGGUUUCGGUGGUGAGAUUGAAGAGCUGCAAACCAGCAUGCGACGGUGGAGUGAUGUGCAGCUGGCUUGGACAUUUCGUUCUACAGAUGUCCUGGGUGUGCAGCAUGGUGAAAUGCACAGUUUGCUGCAGGGCAUCGUUGCGGCGGGAGCAUUCGCAAGCAACGCUGGAUCUUUAGGCUAUACUGCCAUGCAACAUGAAGCUGCUUCCCUUCAACUUCUCCAAGAUCAUGGUUUUGCGUGUGCUCAAGGCAACCAGGAUGUGCGUUGGUUUUUGACUGAUGCCGGCACAAAGGAUCUUACCAGUUGUGCCAGAGUGGCCAAUCCGGUGAGAGUGUUCCAGGUGCGGAACCAGUUGCGGUUGCAAGAUCGGACCUCGUACGAAUUGCUCUUGGCUUUGCAGGAGGCUGGGUGGCAGUGGCAGGCAUGGGUCCCACCGUCCAAACGGACCCGCCGAAUGGCUGUGGCAGGUCGAACAUUCGAUGCUUAUGUCAGGGGUGGGCAGAAAAUCUGGUACUCGACAUCAGAGCCACCCGUCGCAUCCUACAUUCUAGUUUUGCUGCGUGCAGAAGAGAUUUUCGAUCUGGGGUUGCCUGCCAUUGAGCAUGGUCGAGACGAUGCUUCCUACAAGGCUCUUCUCCGGGGCAAUAUCCAAGGCGAGCUUGCCAGGUUGGAGGAUGCUCCGCCUCCUGAUGUCGAUGUCUUGGACAAUGCUCCGGAUCCGGCGGCCCCCUUGCCUGCUCCCGCAGGUGAUGCGGGUGGUGCAGAACAAGCAGUCGAGAAUGCUGAUGCGCAGGGAAGCGUCGAAGAAUCCGACGCAGAGCUGCUGGAGUUAGUCGAAGAGGCAGUUGAAGCCCACCAUGCUGCGAUUGAGGCACAACAGCUUGACGAUGCUCCAGUCGCUUCUCCAGCGCACUCUGAAGCUGAAGCCGCUGCCGUGGCUGUUGCGCCGGAAGAUCCGCCUGCUCCUCCUGCAGCCAGGGCCGCCAUUGCCCCGCCGCCCGAGAACGAGGAUGAGGACAUCCCUCAGUUGGUGAAUCGGGAGUAUGGAAUCUUCCGUAUAACGGCCAAACAGCCGGGCACUGUUGGUGGAGGAAGAUAUGGCGGGUUCCAGGCGACUUGUGUCUACCAUAAGAAGUCUGACAAGACUGGCUGCAAAAGGUACAUUGGCUGUGAAAGUGCUGAGCCCAGCAACAAGACGGCCACACUCAGGAGACUUCUGUGGUGGUGCACACAAGCCCGUGACUUCGAUAGGCAACGCCUUCAUGUUUCAUCGCCGCUGCCUUUGGAGAGUUGCCCGCCCAUGUCAGUCUUGGAAGCCCAAAUCGGUUUGAUGCAGCGACCUGACCCGGCAGAUGUGAGAAGUGAUGUUGAGUUGGAUGCAGCCAUGCCCGCAGCUGCAGCCGUGCCUGUCCACGCAGCCCCGAAAGCCAAAGGCAAAGCAAAGGCGAAACCAAAAGGUAAAGCUAAAGCUGUGAGAGCCAAACCCAAGCCGAAAGGCAAGACGGCAGCCAAAGCGGCAGCCAGGGCAGCAUCAGAUGACGAGGAUGCUGAGGACGACGACACUGCUUCUGAAGGCGACGACGAGAUGCCUGCUUCUUCGGCUUCUUCUUUGUCGACCGACGAGAGUAGCAGCAGCGACAGUAGCAGUUCAAGUUCAAGCUCUUCGUCGUAG